AUGGAUAAUCACGCACCUCCCCAGGCCGAUGAGCCUGACCAGCGCGCAUCGAAGCGUCUUAAGAUGAACGGUUCUGAGUCGCAGGCUGAUACCGCUCAGGAUGCAGUCAUUUCCGCAGCGAAGGAGGAGCGCGUUGCUGUCGAUGAAGCCACGAAGCGUGUGGAGCCUGCUUCCGUGAAGGAGGGCGGCGAAACAUCGGGUGCUGUUCAGCCCGCCACUUCUGGACAAGACGAUGUUUCGAUGGUUGAUGCACCCACGGGCGCCCAGGACGGAGCCGCGACUGCGGAGCCGAAGAAGGAUGACAGAGACAGAUCACGCGGCACUGCCCCCAUCAAGGCCGAGUUUCUUGUCCAGAAGGAGAACCAGCCGAAGGAGCAGGAUGAAGUCGUUGAUGACGACGCAGCUGAGGGCCGUGAUCAGGGUAAUGAGCAGAGGGACGGCAAAGCAGACGCUCGUGACAAGAAGAAGAAGCGUGAGAAGGGCCAGAACAAGGAGCGCAGCUUUGGCCACUUUGAUGAUGCCCUUCGCCUCUGCAACAGCCGCGCCUAUAGCCCCGAAUUCUCCCCGCGAGAAUGCAAGUUUGGAGACAGAUGCAACCUCGUCCAUGACUUGCGCAAGUAUCUCAAGGAGGGCCGUCGUGAGGAUCUUACUACUAUGGACGGCAAGUGCCCCGUCUUUGAGCAGUGGGGCAUUUGCCCCUCCGGCUGGAAGUGCCGCUUCGUCAAAAGCCACAUGAAGGAGGUUGAGCAUGAGGAUGGCCGCAAGGAACUCAUCCUUAUUGAAGAACCCAAGAGUUCGAAGACGAGCGGUGUAGCGCCUGUCGAAGUCGGACGUGAGGAUCUCCGACCGGGUGUCUAUAACAACACUGAGAACCAGCUCAAGAUUGAUCUCAGCCGUAAGCGCAUUGACUUCACCGAGACUGAUAAGUACAUCACCUGGAUGAACAAAGAGACGAGACUGGGCGACGAGUUCCAUCAACGCCGCAAGGAUCAGAUUCUUAGUAACCAAGAUGACCUGCGCGCGCAGUAUGUUGAGCCGCCUUUGAAGCCGUCCGAGAAGCGCAAGCUCUACUUCGGCAAGGAGACGCCUGCUCUGGCUCCUCUGACCACUCAGGGCAACCUGCCUUUCCGUCGCCUUUGCGUUGACCUCGGCGCUCAGCUGACGUACUCAGAGAUGGCCUUGGGUAUGCCUCUUGUCCAGGGGGUCAAGAACGAUUGGGCUUUGAUGAAGGCGCAUGAGAGCGAGAUCACACCGCCCAAAGUCAACCCUGAAAGCGCUAGCAUCGUCAAGGGUUACGACAACUCCCGUGAUCUUAAGUUUGGUGCGCAGAUAUCCGGUAACCAAGCGUGGCACUGCGUCAAGUCUGCCGACCUGCUGAACCGCUUCGUUCCUCACCUGCGUCUUAUUGACCUCAACUGCGGUUGCCCCAUCGACAUGGUUUUCAAGGCCGGCGGUGGCUCUGCCCUUCUCGAGGCCCACGGAAAGCUCGAGCGCAUGGUUCGUGGUAUGAACACCGUCUCUGGGGAGAUCCCCAUCACGGUCAAGCUCCGUACCGGUGUCAGACAGAACCGCCCCACCGCCACCACCAUCCUCGGCAAACUCGCUUUCGGUUCCCGCGAGAACCGUGACCGUCUUGGUGCCCCUGGCUGUGCUGCCAUCACUCUUCACGGCCGCAGUCGAGAGCAACGAUACACGAAGAAGGCCGACUGGGGCUACAUUGCCGAAUGUGCCGCCAUGAUCAAGGAGUACAACGAGCAAAAGGAUAGAAUCACCGACACGGCUCAAGAGCCCGACGAGUCUACUCUGCCCAACUCCAAGGACGGACGUAUGUUCUUCCUCGGCAACGGCGACUGCUACUCCCAUGUUGAGUACUUUGAGCACAUUGAGAAGGCCAAGGUCGAUACCAUCAUGAUCGGUCGCGGCGCUCUUGUCAAGCCAUGGUUGUUUGAGGAGAUUGAAAAGGGACAGUACCUUGAUAAGUCGGCUACGGAGCGUCUUGCUUACGUCGAGAAGUUUUGUAAGUUCGGCAUGGAGGCCUGGGGAACCGACGAGCUGGGCAUCGGCUUCACACGCCGUUUCCUCCUCGAAUGGCUCUCCUUCGCCCACCGCUACGUGCCGCUAGGUCUUCUCGAGCACCUCCCGCCCGACCUCAAUGACCGCCCUCCCGCGUACCGCGGACGCAACGAUUUGGAGACACUUCUCGCCAGUAAGAACUACCGUGACUGGAUCAAGAUCAGCGAGAUGUUCCUGGGACCGGCCCACCCCAACUUCACCUUUCAGCCUAAGCACAAGUCCCACGCCUAUGAGGCCGAGGGCUAG